GGACACUAGCGCUCCUUUCGGCCUCCCAACAUACGAGCACCAGCUUGACAGACUCCCAUCCACUUAACUCUUCGUUGGCGCCCCCAUUGAAUCUGUUGCAUCUCUUCUCCUUCCUUUUCCCCAUUCAGAGAUGCUGUCAAGAGCGUGUUUAAGAGGCUUCGGCCUGCAGUCACUGCCGAAGAGACAAGCGUACCAGCUUGCUCGACGGACCGUCACCACUGACGCUGCGAGCUCUCACGCAGAAAAGGACGAUGUCCCCGAGGAAGACGAUAAGCCCUUCCCGGUCAAGCUCUCCGACGAGAGUUUUGAAACCUACAAUCUCGAUCCUCCCCCAUACACCAUGGAAACCACGAAAAAGGAGUUGAAACAGAUGUACUAUGACAUGGUAGCAAUACGCCGUAUGGAAAUGGCCGCCGAUAGAUUGUACAAGGAGAAGAAGAUCCGAGGAUUCUGCCACUUGUCAACUGGUCAAGAAGCCGUCGCCGUAGGCAUUGAACACGCAAUCACCAGGAACGACGCUGUCAUCACCGCCUACCGAUGCCACGGCUUCGCACUCAUGCGUGGUGGCACCGUCAAAUCCAUCAUCGGGGAACUCCUUGGCCGACGAGAGGGCAUUGCCUACGGAAAGGGAGGCUCGAUGCACAUGUUCGCUCCAAACUUCUACGGCGGUAAUGGCAUUGUUGGGGCCCAGGUGCCUGUCGGCGCUGGUAUUGCCUUCGCGCACCAAUACACUGGCAGCAAAACUGCGACGGUCACUCUGUAUGGAGAUGGCGCUUCCAACCAAGGCCAGGUAUUUGAAGCCUUCAACAUGGCCAAGCUGUGGAACCUUCCCGUUUUGUUCGGUUGCGAGAACAACAAAUACGGUAUGGGGACUUCGGCGGCCCGAUCGUCCGCAUUGACCGAGUACUACAAGCGAGGACAAUACAUCCCGGGUUUGAAGAUCAACGCGAUGGACGUUCUUGCUGUCAAGGCCGCUGUUCAGUACGGCAAGGAAUACACGGCCAGCGACAAGGGACCCUUGGUGUUCGAAUACGUCACAUACCGAUAUGGUGGCCAUUCCAUGUCGGACCCCGGUACAACCUACCGAACCAGGGAAGAAAUCCAACGGAUGCGGUCGACCAAUGACCCCAUUGCCGGACUCAAGCAGAAGAUUCUGGACUGGGGAGUGUGCACAGAAGACGAGCUCAAGCAGAUCGAUAAGAAGGCGCGAGAGGACGUGGACGGAGAGGUCGCCGAGGCAGAAAAGAUGCCGCCUCCUGACCCGACGGAAAAGAUCCUCUUCGAGGAUAUCUACGUGCGUGGGAGUGAGCCAGCUUACAUUCGUGGGCGCACACCCGACGAGACAUAUUACUAUUGAUUGGCCUAUUCGACAUCGUUUUGGAGGGAACGGUUGGGGGUAAAAAGCGGGUUUCUGAAGGAGCUGUGUAUAUUUAGCCAGGUCGUAGUUUACCCUUGCAAGGACGUUAGCACAAGUGGUUGGUGGUGAGAUUAACGUCUGCUUUGAAUCAAUGGACUUAUUGCCGGGGUCCUGUUGCUGUUGCAGCGGGAUAUCUUAGGGAAUUGGUGGUGUGUCCAUUGUCCUUUUGCACGUGUAGGGACACAUGAAGCUUGCUCGGCAGCAAGUAGUAAUGCGCUUGCAGACUAGAACUGACUUAAUAAGCAAGCGCAAGUGGAGCCG